CUCCGCAAGAGAGGUUCCGGCGCGGCUUGGCUGGAGACAGAAUGGAGACCGCGAUCGAAGAUCCGGGACUGGACCGCGGCCCGACGCUGACCUCGUCCUGGGAUGCUGUGUGCGGGGCGUUGACCCAAAGCCUCCUUCUUAGCCGGGUUGGGCCAGGUGUCCAAGACUUGGACUUCGAGCAGUUGCUGGUGCCGCCAGCUCCGGGCCGGGAUCUGGUGAGUCUGAAAAGCAGCCAGAGCCCCCGAGAUGAAAACCCUUGCUUCCUUUACCUGAAGUGUGGGCUUAAUGAGGGUGAAGAAAUCCUUUCGGUUGGCAUUCAGAGUUCAGCAAGAAACAUGGAAAUAUACGUAGGGGAGGAGUAUUGUGGAACCAGUCGGGGCAAGAAGGUCUGCACGGUCCUGGAUGACAGCGAACACGAAGAGAUUGUGUUGUACAAAAAAUAUCUAAAAUUGGAGUCUCCCGCACAUGCUUGUAAAAUAAAGUUGCUGUCCUUCGGUGAAAAGCACUGUGUCCUCGUCAGUAAAGUGGUGGUGCACGUGAGACCAAGGUCAGCAACUCCUUCCCCGAGCUCUCCUGCUAUAGGGUCACGGAUCGACCUGGACAAUGUCCAAACCAUCAUGGAGUCCAUGGGUUCGAAGCUUUCCCCUGGAGCUCAGCAGCUGAUGAAUAUGAUCAGAUUUCAGCAGCAGAAUUGUCUCCCCUUCGGAGAUCAGCUUCAGUCAGUGUUGGGAAGUCUAGGACACAAGCAUCUGAUCGCACUGCAGUCUUCGCCUUCGUCAGGAGUCUCAGACAAGGCGUCCUCUACACCGUUUCCUUUUAGAACUGGAUUGACACCUUCAGCCAUCACUGAGAAUUUAAAGACUCUUAUUGAUAAAAGCACACAGCCACCUGGAGAAGGAUCUAGCACAAAUGACGAGGCAUGUCACCUUAUGCCACAGACCCAUUCCCUCGGAAACGAUCUUAAAAAUGCAGUCUCUUCUUUCUUACCAAAGAAGGCAAGUGGCAGCUCAAAUGUGCCCAACUCUGAGUUGCUGCCUUUUCUACAGAAUUUAUGCAGUCAGGUCAACCAUCUCCGCGUGGGACAUAAUACCAGAUGGCAAGAAAACAUCUCCAAGCCCCGAGAGGGCAUUGUCGGUGUUUCGAUGGAAGAGCAGCCUAUUUGCUCCUACUUGGAGAAGAUUCUUUCUAAAAACAUGGAACUGAUGGAGAAGAAGCUUAUGGACCACAUUGAUGAGCGGAUCUAUCAGCUCCAGGAGCACAUAGAUGCUAAAAUAGCUUUGUUAGUGGACUUUCUGCGAAGUCCCAACUCCCCACCCCCAGAGAUGCCUCUAAGACACUAUGACUCCAGAGAAAGACUUUCCAAUGGAGAAAGAUGAGCUAUGGACAUACCCAAUUAUUGCAGAUAUUUAUUAUAUAUUUAUUAUAAAGCCAAAAUCCAAAAAGAUUAUCAAAAUCAAGUCUUUAAUGUCCUUUGAAGGAUCGUUGUAUCACAUGAAGUGACCUCAGU